UAAACAUGGGUGAUAAUGAUAUGAAACAAAUUGAUCCAUCAAAAGACAAAUUACCAAAAUCAGCAAGAUAUUAUAUGCAACUGCUUGAACAGCAAAACGUCGAGCGCGCACGUCGGAUUGCCUUGACACGUUACAAAAACCGAAUUUUAGGGGCUGUCCUCGCUUCAACUGUACUUUCAAUUUACGGAUACACAAUGUUUGCCACGAAACAAGAAACCUUCCUUGACGAUUUUGAAGAGCCACUCUUGGUGAUCGACGAACCUAAAAAGUGAUAAUUAUCUCUUUCAUAUUUUAUUGGUGUCGAACGCUUUUUUUUAAAGACUAUAAUUGGUGUUAAAGAUCUUUCUUAUUGAUUUUAGUACUUCUUUCGUUUUGAUUUAAUUAAUCGGCAACAUGGUUGGAA